UAUCUGCAUAGAAUUAAAUAUCACCGUUGUAAACUCCGUAAUUCCCCUUUAUGCUCACUAUUAAGAACAAACAUUUUGUACAUAAUGUAUACAUAUAUACCUACACUAAUAGGCUAUUGCUCAUGCGGAAUUAAGAUUUGCAAUCAUUCGAUUUUGGCAAUAGAACUGAGCAGCAGCUCAGCAGCGGCAUAGGUGCAUUUUAUAGUUUAAGCUCACGGCAACAUCAUCGUUUAGAAUUCGAAAUCAAAAAUUAAAUAAAAAUUAAGUUGUUUCAACAAAUCAAAGGUGUUGACCUUUUUUUGUUAAUUUGGAGUUUAAUAGCUGCAAAAAAACGCUUUGCAGCUCAACAUUUGGUGACCCCGACGUGAUCGCCGUGCGUUUUUGGUGGAAUUGUACUUUUCGAUAUUUGGGAGAUUAAACUGUGUGCAUAACGCUUUGUACAUAAUAAUAUACUCGUAUACGCCUAUAGCCGAAAAUUUGAAUCCGUUAUUCAAGAGCACGGAACUUUGUGAAACUUGUAGCGUGAUCUUGAAACAGUUAAACUGUUAGCUUACGUCUUCAGCAUAUUUUGUGAGCCGCUAUUUCUGUUCAUUUCCCACGCAACGGUUUCCAGUUGCGAUUUUUCCCGAGUGUAGUACACAUCACGCGCUGCCGAUAUAAAUUCGACUUGAAUCCAUCAUGACACUUAACCCAGCUAAUGGUACUCCAGGUAGCGAAAAUGCUGCUCAAUCAAAUGAACAGGUGGCCACAGAUCGAGUUAGCUUUUUUAAGUUAAAAACAAAAGCAAUAUUCAACCGGCUUGAGCGAAUUGCUGCCGAGAUGGACAGUGAUAAGCUGCACGGGAUGGACGAAUACGCUCUGACGGCACUACUGGACUCAUUGGGGGAACUGAAGUCAAGUUUCAACGGUGCGCACACAAGCUUGGAGGAAUUGGAUUUCGAUUCAAUUUGCAGCGAUCUGCCUGGUAAAUUCGACUCCAAUUUAGUUAACCUCAGAUCCACUCUGCAGCGUGAAAUUGGAAAGCGAAGUGCACCUCAGCUAUGCUCCACAUUCAGGGUUAACGCCAAUGAGUCGCAAUCAAUUAUAGUGAACACCUACCGAUCACGCUUGCCGUUACUUACACUGCCAAAGUUCACUGGUGCCUAUACUGAGUGGACAAACUUCUUCUCCAUGUUCGUAUCUGUCAUCGACAAGGAUAGCGACCUUACGCCGGUCGACAAGCUUCAACAUCUACGUUCCUGCCUGAGUGGUGCAGCGCUGGAUACCAUACGUUCUCUAGAAAUAAAUGAGGCACACAUCAGGGAGAUCUUCGGGCUGGGCAAAGCAGAUGGGUCAGUAGGCAGGCUACGGGAACUAACUGACAAAGUCACCGCUCACAUACGUGCACUGCAAUCGCUUGGGUCCAAGGAGCAAAUAUCCGACUGUAUCAUUGUACAACUACUAAUACAGAAGUUAGACAAAGCGACUCAAUCCAAAUGGGAGGAGAAUUCGCCGACAAACGAACUACCUUCGUGGGACCAGUUAUCUACCUUUCUGGAGAAGCGCUGUAGAACGCUCGAAAACGUCGAACACGUUAUGCAAACACCAGUUGGUCAAGCUGGUAAAUCUGGUAAAAACGUGAGUACCAACCAAAGAAAAUCAUUUGUUGCUUCUGGUGGCUCAGUGGGCGGUUGCGUAUUUUGUGGAUCCUAUGAGCAUCUGAUAUACCAUUGUCCUCGCUUUACAAAUCUGUCGCCAAACCUCCGCCAAAAAGAGGUUAAACAACUCGCUCUAUGUCUCAAUUGUCUAAAAAAAGGUCAUCAGAUGCGCGACUGCAAAUCGGGGUCUUGUCGUAACUGUCAAUCAAAGCACCAUACACUUUUGCACUUUGAGCGCUCUGCUCCAACUGCCACCAGCCCUCAAGGCUUAACUUUGAAAUCCGCUACAGCCCAACCUAAUGCCAUGACUGCAGCCUUAUCUGCCUCGUCCCAGGCCCUUACUUCUCCAUCUGAUGUUGUGCUUCUAGCCACUGCGGUAAUUUUUGUAAAAAAUCGUGCCGGCACUUUCGUACCUUGUCGUGCGCUGUUAGACUCUGGUUCACAGCUGCACUUUAUCACCUCUCGUUUCACAAACCAGCUGCAGCUGCGCAAAACCAAAACCUUCGCUGGAGUAUCUGGCAUUGGCGACGUCAACUUUUCAACGGAGGGAUACUCGGUCGAUCUCGUACUGAAGUCGCGGACUUCUGAUUUCUCGACGACUAUUACUGCUGUUGUCGCACAAACGAUCACUGAAAGUCAGCCUGGCCUUACAGUCAGCACCGUUAAUUGGCGACUUCCCUCCAACAUCCAGCUGGCUGAUCCCAACUUCAACAUACCACAGCGUAUUGAUCUGCUUAUAGGAGCAGGACUCUUCUUCGAACUUCUCUGUGUGGGCCAAAUUCAGUUGGCGCCUGGGCUGCCAUUGCUUCAAAAAACUCGGUUUGGUUGGGUGCUGUCCGGUGGUGGACAACAAACGCCCAAACUCUCAUCUUUCGUCGUACGUCAACGGCCAUCUACUGACAUUGAUUGUAGUACUCGGCUAGAUUAUUUAGUGCGUCGUUUUUGGGAAAUCGACCAUGUAAUUGAGCCAAUCGCUAAAACAACAAAGGAAGAGCUCGACUGCGAAGAGCACUUUAGGCAAAAUUAUUCGCGUCUGUCUUCAGGCGAGUAUUCCGUGCGUCUGCCGAUGAAGAGUAGCGUGGAGUCACUAGGUGAUUCGUAUUUACAGGCACUACAUCGCUUUCGCAGUCUUGAACGAAAACUGACUCGCAAUCCACAGCUCAAGGAACAAUAUGUGGCAUUCAUUAACGAAUAUUUGGAUCUCAACCACAUGUCACUAGUCUCCAGUAAGGAUGUUCAUGACUGUAAGUUUUUCCUUCCACAUCACUGUGUCAUCAAGGAUGACAGCACUACAACAAAGCUGAGAGUUGUAUUUGAUGGCUCUGCAGCUACAACUUCGGGCUUGUCGCUGAACGAUCUGCUCAUGUCAGGUCCAACAAUACAACCGAAGCUUUUCAACAUCCUCAUUAGAUUUCGAUCGUUUCCCGUCGCACUUACUGGAGACAUCUGCAAAAUGUAUAGAUGCGUUCGAGUCACUGCACCAGACGACAUGCUCCAGUGUAUACUAUGGCGUGACUCUCCACAACAUGACCUACGCGUGUACAAGUUGAAUACGGUGACCUAUGGAACUAAGCCUGCAUCAUUUCUGGCUAUUCGGGCCAUGCAUCAGCUCGCGUUUGAUGAAUCAUCAGCAUAUCUCCUGGGUUCAAAGGUCGUUCUUCGAGACUUCUAUGUGGAUGAUAUGAUAUCUGGUGGUAAUUCAGUGCGGGAAGUGCGAAACAUUAUGCAGCAAACAACAGGUUUCUUUCUCGACCCUGGAGCCGCGCUUGAAAUUCAUGCGUUUUGCGACGCUAGCCUUGAAGCAUAUGGCGCUUGUGUAUAUGCUCGCUCAACUAAGGAUAACAACGUCCAAUUACAGUUGCUAUGUUCAAAGGCACGCGUUGCUCCACUGAAAACUCUGACUGUGCCCAAGUUGGAACUCAGCGCUGCCGCUCUGCUUGCGCAGUUAGUUGGUGAGAUAGCCAAGAUGAAGGUUUUUGACUGCCGCUUCUAUUGUUGGUCAGAUUCGCCGAUCGUUCUAUCAUGGCUGCAGGAAGAAUCUUCAAAAUUUAACGUUUUCGUCGCUAAUCGAAUAUGUGCUAUACAGGAGCUUACACAGGGGAUGACUUGGCACUAUGUUCCUACAGCCAUGAACCCAGCAGACAUCCUAUCCAAAGGGGCCGCACCAAGAGAGCUCUUGCAAUCAGCUCUUUGGAUGCACGGUCCAAUAUUCUUGCACAAAGCAGAAAUCAGCUGGCCUGAAUUUCGCGAACCACAAACCAAGCUUUUGGAAACUCGUCAAAAGGUAUUACUCACAUCAAAUGAUCGACCCGACGUAUCUCUUUCAUUUAAGUACAUCAACUCGUUUGGCAAAAUGCAGCGUAUUUUUGGUUAC